UUUCUGUGACAUCUGCUGAUGUAAGAAGGGCUUUAUAAAUACAUUUGAUUGAUUGAUUGAUAGCAUAUUAACCAUCACAACACCAUCUGUUAUAUUUAAGACAAAUCAUGUUUUUCCAUCUCAAGGACCAUUUUAGAUUUAAAUAUAGCUGCAUGCAACUCAAAAUGUGUUACAUCAUUGAAAACAUUGACCUUUACUUCACUUCCAUAUCUUGUAGUUUGAGCAUGAACUUGUAGUUCACUUCUCAAUUGUUUCCCAUCUAGCCCCAUUCAGAUUAGCCUAAUAGCCCAGAAAGGUUUACACUGGUCAUAUUAAGGUUACCUCUCAUCUAGAGAGCAAUUUUAAGCACCCUAUUAUUUUACUCAGCAGAGAAAAACCGACUUAAUAGUUCUGAAUGUAUUAGAAAGCUUGCUUAUCGGAAGUGUAUGUGUAUAUUAUUGUCAUUAAUUGCCCUAAUGUAGUGGAACCUAGGUGUUAUUCUGGUCACGACACAAAUCACCUCUGAGAAACUGUAUAAAAGGACAAAUGUCUUGUAGCAACUCACAAAAAGCUUGCAUUUCUCAGUGAAGAAUCUCCAUUCUCAAGGUAAGAUACUUUCCAAAAUAUACCCUCCUGUUCAAACGAUCAAUUUCUACUUUAUACCUAAAUGCUUGUGUCUAGCUUACUGUAUGUGUAAUACAUAAAAAACCUUAAUAAAUAGCAGUUAUUUAGAAGUUAAAUCAGCAAAAAAAACAUAUAUUCUGCAUUGUAAGUGUAAUACAAUUAUGGGGUGGGUGGGGUUCCAGAUGUUUUUUUCUCUUCCUGACUUUCUAUGCCCCUCUUCUAUUCUUUCCUCUACCUUGUUUAGUUUUGUCACCAUGACGGUAGCAUUGUUCGUACUGGUGCUCCUCUGCAUUGCUGGAAUGCUGCAUGCUGAGGCCUCGGACCAGUCUGGAGAGAACAGUCUCACAGAAAAUGGACAGGGUUUGGGGAGAAGAUAUGCUGAGUCAACCAUUGCCAGUGACAUGAGCAAAAUCAUGGACUCAAUGGUUCAGAAGAAUUUUGUCAACUUCCUGCUCAAUCAGAAGGAGAAAAAGAGCAUGUCUAAUGUCACUCCGGAGGAAGAUCCAGGUGCUUGCUUGUACAACAAUCUCCUGAAAAAGCUUGCACUGUGCAUCCACAGCAAGGGACACAGAUCCAUGACCCAGUGAUGUUUUAAAGAAUAUCAGCAAAUGACCAACAUAAGCGAGAGAUUUUUUUUUCUCAUUUUGUCUGUCAUAGUUGAAGUGUACCUAUGAUGAAAAUUACAGGCCUCUCUCAUCUUUUUAAGUGGGAGAACUUGCACAAUUGGUGGCUGACUAAAUACUUUUUUGCCCCACUGUAUGUUGCGGUUGAGAGCGUGGGGGAAACGGAGAAGACAUUGUCUGUCCUGCUGAGUUUUGAUGUAGUCUUUGCCCGACCAGGUCAAAUUAGGAAAUGUAAAUUAUCCCGUUGGAGGUGUCCGGUGAGAGAAAAGAAGGUUGAGGUUGUCAGGGUUAGAGUAGUACAGAAAGUGUCAUAUGCCAAAGCAGUGAAGAGAGUGGUAGAGGAAGAUGGUUACAGGUUGAGGGAUACUGAGAGGAUUGCUGUGAGUAGGCAGAAACCAAGAGAGCGUGAUGGGAAGAGUAUGUGCUUCAGUAAGGUGGGCUUUUUAGCAUUUAUAGCCAUGGUUGUCAGUUGUACGGCAGAAAUUGAUUGGAUGUCACAGAAAAUAGAGGUUGUGGUGGCAGCGGCUGAGAACUACUUAGGAUUGGGAGGAUUUACUGCAGAACAGUUGCAGUGGGUGUUGCGUGGUAGUGUUCUGUCCUCCCAGAGCCAUUGGUCUGGAGUAGGAUUGGAUAGGGUUAAAUAGUGGAAUGGGGUGGUGUUUUUUUAAUAUAUAUUUUUUAAAACAGUAGGCAGGGCAAUUUUUAUUUUCCUUUUCCCCAAUUUUGUAUUACCUUAUCAAUAAUUUUAUGUAGGUAGGCCGUGAACGGCCUCACACACCAGUACAGUAGGUAGCGGUGUAUCCACCUAAAAGAUGGAUGUUAUCCACCAACUAAAUCCCGAAGAAGAAGAAGCCAUGGAUGCCCUGGUGACAGUUAGUACAGAGAUAGUCAAGGCCCUGACAAUAAAAGAGGAGUGUUGUGUAUUUUGACAUUGAGACAGCCUCCAUGUGGAGGGAAGGGUUGUUGAUCAACUUGAGUGCAUUGGGGGACAUCUGUAUAACUGGAUCAUGGACUUGUUCGAUAGAGUCAUACAGGUGAGGGUGGGGUCAGAAUUGUCAAUGCGGUUUGAAGUGGACAGUGGUACUCCUCAGCGAAGUGUCGUUACUCCUGUGCUGUUGACCUUGAUGAUACAGUGCCUUGCGAAAGUAUUCGGCCCCCUUGAACUUUGCGACCUUUUGC